AAAACAGGUCUGGCAAUCGAUUUGAAGGUCUUAGAACCUCGUAUUUUUUUUCUGUAUUUUCGUACUCCUGUAUACUCACUUAUCAGUAGUUUGGCAACAUUAGAUUUACUAUCUGUAGUUUUAUGCACAGUUCAUAUUUCCAGAAUAGUGCUUUUUGGGUGUUGUAGGCCCAGUUUUAAUUAUUAAAAACCCUUUGCGUGUUUCUAUUGUAUAUAUAAAUAUACAAUUUUUAUUUAUUAUUUAUUUAAUUGUUAAACAAUUAUAAAAACUAACUUACGAGGUAUAUAUUUAUACUUCGUCAAUCGGAAUAUUAUUUAAAUCAAGAAUUAGUCAUUUUAGCUAUAUAUAUUUUUUUAGCAACGUGUAUAACUUAUCAUUACAAAAUUGUACAAACCCCAUUGAAAAAUGCUCAUCAAAGAAUUUCGUGUAGUGCUUCCUCUCACUGUUGAAGAAUAUCAAAUUGCUCAGCUUUAUUCUGUUGCUGAAGCCAGCAAAAAUGAAACUGGUGGAGGAGAAGGUAUAGAAGUUCUAAAAAAUGAACCUUUUUCAAACUACCCUCUUUUAGGAGGAAAGUAUUCAGAAGGGCAAUAUACCUACAAAGUAUACCACUUGGCUAGUAAAGUACCUGGAAUGAUAAAACUUAUAGCUCCUAAAGGAGCAUUAGAAGUUCAUGAAGAAGCAUGGAAUGCUUAUCCAUAUUGUCGAACUGUAAUUACUAAUCCUAAUUAUAUGAAAGAAAAAUUUACCUUAACUAUAGAAUCAUUCCAUUAUGCUGAUCGAGGGACACAAAAUAAUAAUCCAAACUAUAUGAAAGAAAAUUUCAGUUUAAUCAUAGAAUCUUAUCAUAUCGCUGAUAAAGGUACACAAGAAAAUGUUCAUGAACUUCCACCUGAAAAAUUAAAGCAUCGAGACGUACAAAUGAUUGACAUUGGAAAUGAUGCUGUUUCAUCUUCAGAUUACAAAGAAGAUGAAGAUCCUAAAAAGUUCCAAAGCAAAAAAACUGGACGAGGUCCACUUUGUGGAAAUUGGAUAGAUAAUGCAAAUCCAGUUAUGACUUGCUACAAGCUAGUAUCAGCAGAUUUCAAAUGGUUUGGGCUACAAAAUCGAGUAGAAAACUUAAUUCAAAAGUCAGAACGACGUUUGUUUACUAAUUUUCAUAGACAAGUAUUUUGUUGGAUGGAUCGCUGGCAUGGGCUUACUCUUAAAGACAUUCGAGAAAUUGAGGAUAAAACUAGAGAAGAACUAAAUAAACAACUAAAUGAAGGCACUGUAAGAGGAAUGAAAGCAGAUGCUGAUUAAAAAAAAUCCUCAACAUAAUAAAUCUAAAAUCCAAAGCUUUAUUUCAAAAUUUAUACAACAGAUAAAUUAUUAAUAAUAAAAUAUUGAAAGAAUAGAAACUUACAUUAAAUUUUCUAAAUUUAGUUUUGACUCAAGUUAACAAUAUAGUAUGAUUUGAGUUGUGCACAUUAAUAACUAUAGUAUGCCUAAUCAGCCAAUUAAUCAGUUUUAUUUCUAAUUUUAUUUGAUUUUUUUGCCAUAUAAAUUUUUUAGUACCUAUUUACAUAGAAAGAAAAGUCAUUCCACUUUCUAUAUUUGUCAUUUUUUGUUUUUAUUUUAUUUUGCAGUGUGUGUGUGGGUGUAAUAAAAAUUACUUAAAUAUGGUGAAUGUAUACAUAAUUUCUUUGAGAAUUUUUGGUGAUUUUAUACAAGUAUAUAAUGUUCGGUUUUAGUUAUCAAAACUACUAUUUUUUAUUUAUUUCAUGGUUAUAAUGUUAACUAAUUUUGAAAAUUAUUUUAUAUUAGUAUUUAAUUUUGUGGUUACCAUGAUAAAAUAUAUAUUUAUAUAUUAUUAAACAUAUUUAAAAACAUGAAUUUCAGGUGGCAAAUAAUUAGUUCUUUUUGCAAAUGUAGAAAUAUUAAAAAUAAAAGUGAUAUUAUUAUUGAUUACAUGACAUUUGUAAAAUAACAGUUGUUAAUAAAUGUUAAAACUUAACUAAAGUUAAAAAGCCAUGUCAAAAUCUUUAAAUUAAAGUUUUUUAGAAAAUUAUUUAAGAGUAAUAUAUUAUAAAAUAUUUGUCUAUGCUUUUUCUUUUUAUCUGGUUUUCUCAAAAUGUAUAAUCAUUAUAUUACUUUUUCUAAUAAAAAUAUGAAAUUUUCUAUUAUAGUCUAUCAGUAACAUUCAAUAUGUUAUAUCAGAAGAUAGCAUAAUUUUUUUUGAUUUGAAAUAACUUACUAAUCUUUUUUUGAAAUGAUUACUGUCUUAUAUACAUUAUUAUUUUAAAUAUACAUUAUAAUUUAAUUAAAUGCAUAAAAACAACUUAAAAACUAAAUUGCUGGUUUACAUAAUUCAUUUGAAAAAUAAUUGUCACCUUAAUUAAUCUUCUUUAAUUUAAAAAUAUUACCAAAAUGUAUUACAACUUAUGCAAAGAUGUUAUAUAUCUUUGAAAUUAUUAACCAUUUGUUUUCUUGAUUUUAAAUAAUAAUUAAUUGCAUUUAUUGAAUGUUAAGAUAGUUCUGAUGUUUGUUUAGUAAUGCAAUUUACAUUAGAAACAAGUGGUUUUAUUUUGUUAAGUAUUGAUCUAUCAAUUUGUAAAUAAUCAAUUAAUAAAAAUAUGACUUGUUAACAUUAAAUUUAUUUAUAAGUUACUAAAAACCAUCAUAGCAAUUUGUCUAUUGGUUAAAUUUCUGAACGUUUAUUAAAUUAAAAUAAAAUUCAAAUUGCUUUAAAAAUUGUUGUUAAUUAUUAUAUAGUUAAAAUUUUGUUUUUAAUGUAAUUUUUAUUUUCUACUAAUAGAUUCUUUUUUAUAGAAACUAAUCACAAUUUACAAAAAAAAAAUUGUCUUAUUAUUUUUAUUUUGAAUUCUCAAAUUGUACCUAUUUAUUUUACAAUAAUAUGAAAACCUAAUUUGUUUGGCCUAUUCUUGUAUUAUUACCUCCAUAGUUUCUGUAAUUGUAUAUUAAUAUUUGGUGUACUUAUAUUUAAGUAGCUCUAUACAUUAUAUAUAAUACAUUGAAUGUGACUUAAAAAUAUUUAUGUACUGCCCUUUUAAACUGAUAUUUUAUUAUUUAAUUUAUUAUAGCUUAUAAAAGUCAGCACAGGUAAGAUAAUAUAUGUCUAGUCCUAGUAUGUAAAUAUAUUAGUAAUUAACUGUAGACAUACUAUUUUUUAUGAAAUACUUUCUAGUAUUUUUAUCAGCAGCUAACUUGACUAGCCAUAUUUAUUUCUUUGAAUUCAAUUUAGUCAGUUAAUAAUUCUAUAGAAAUUAAAUGAUAAUUAGAUAAUGAACUGUAUACACAUUAAAUAUUUAUGAAUAAAACUCCUUUUUAAAAUAUCUGAA